GUCGUUACAGGCACUCGUACGUCUGCAUCGUGCGUCUGUAUGAGAUGCAGCCAGCCUGCGAUGGAUGAAGGCACUGGGCAGACACUACACAUCAUGAGACACCCCUCGCCAACAUUGUCAGACACUCCUCUACGACUACCACUGGCACACGUGGCAUCACCAAGUUGUCUCUGACAGUGUGCGCAGUUCGCCGUCCUCGGCCCACUCACAAUGCACCCACACACACCCCACACGCCCCUUCUGCCUGCCUGCCUCCCUCCCUCUUUGCCUGCCUGCCUGCCACGCUACAAAGGUCUGCAGGUACGUAAGGCCUUCAGAUGACCGAGUCAGUUAUACAAGGCGAGGCCGCCAAAAAAGUGGCGUAUGUGUCUGUGUACAUCGCCAUGUGCUUACAUGUGCACCACUUACAAUACCCGACACGAACGACACUCUGCUGCAUCCAGGGAGAGAUAUAUAGAGACGCAUCGAGUACACGUCACGUGCUGUGUACGAUCCGCUGACACUUGACAGAUCGAGUGUAUGUUUCGCCCCGUAUCACUCACUCCCAGCCCACAAGACGACCCGAUAGCUACAAUACACCUACUACAUUCAAAAACACCCGUCGACUACGACGCUUCUGGCAGAUAGAUCGCCAUCAGUCAUCAGUGUUGGUCGCACCCGAUGAAGGCAGGCCGCUGCACGCAUCGUAGCCGGGCUCGGCUGACGUUGACACGGCCACGCUGUCCUUCUCGUCACUGCUCAGCCGAUGCCAAUCGACACGCAUGAGGCUGUAGGGAGGCGUCAGGGCGACGCCAUCAGGAUCGCUCUGCAGCCGCGAUUGGAUUUAGCCGACGGGCGACGAUGCGCCGCUCAUCGGCACGUCCUCUGCUGCAUCGUCACACGGCGUCUCGACCACAGUGGGCGCGAGGCUCGCGAGGACCUCAGGGAUGGCAUCCUGCAGACAGUGGGACGAACGACACAGGUGGGUAUGAGCGCAGACACAGACGAGCACCAAGCGUCUCUCUCACCCGUCGGCUGCCCGCCUCGAUGAGUGUUCGUUUGGCCUUGCAGAACACCUCAUAGAGCCCACGCCAGCCGCCGUUCAAGUGCUGGUGGUCCGUCGGUGCCUCAGUGUCGGCCUUCUCCAGAUCGCUGUCGUCGGCCGUCCGCCUUAGUGCCUGUUGCUGGUGCAUCUCCUCUCUCGUGACGAGCUCGUCCACCACAUAGGCGAGGUUGGCCUGGAGGUCGUGCAGCGUGAUGCCCGCAGAGACGUCGAAAAGCUCCGGGUGGCCAUCUGGUUCAUCACUGGACGGCUUGCCGGCAUCCACUCGAAUCGAAACUGAACGCAGCACCGCCACGCGAAAGCUCUGUGUGUGAAAGGUGUCUAAGCAGCAACUGACCUUCGCUAGAGCACUGGUUGCGGAAUACAUUGGAGAGGUCGCUCGUCCGCAUGUGCCGCAAUUUCUGCUCAGCCAGCCAAACAAACAAACACACAGUCACGGACAUGAGCAGGUCCUCCCUUGUUGCCUUGCUUACGGUGGCGCUGCCGUCGUCGGGUUUCGGCAGGUGGACGACCACGUGGCCUCCUCGUCGGCUGCGCAUCUCCAGCCGCUUCUGCCUCAGGCUCUGUACCAGGAAUGCAUUGCUCCACAGAAACUCAUGGCUGAACAGACCACCAACAGGAGACAUCGGCGAGCCUCUCAUUAUUUGCAGUGCUACUGGUAUGUGUAUGUGCUUACAGGUCAUUAGGCACGUUUGUGAGUUUGAGUUUCUCUAUGGCGUCCUGCACGGCGGCUGAUGUCAGCUGCAUGGCCACCACCACACGAUGCACCGGCCGGCCGACGUACGGAGAGGCAGCAGCAGCAGGGUGGCCGUCGGCACAGAGGGCCACGUUGGACCAGUCAUAGAAGAUCUUGGGGGAGACGCGUCGUCUGUCCUCCUCUCUGCGGAUGAGCCACGACACUAAGGGGUCCGUCACACAACCGGACAUCAAACGGGCUGAACAAACGAUACACGCAGCCAGGUAGAAUGAACGUGAAGACUGUGUGCUCCUCCGUUGCCCACCGAUGGCCUUUCUGCGGUCAGUGAAUGCCGUGUAUCUGUAACCAAUUUGCAGCAGACCAUACCGACAUAUCUGCGCCCCCAAUGUAACAUAGUGCGCCAGAUUGGCCACGACAACCACUAGCACAAGGCCGAUCGUCAACACUAGAGAGGUCCCCUCGGGCAGCAUGACAACAAACUGCAUGACGAACAGCGACAUGAGCCACACCAGCAGCCCACGCAGCUCAGACCGAUUGAGGAUGUCCAUGUUGCCUCGAUCGAAUGGCCACACGAUGAGCUGCAGCGCCAGACACACACUGGCAACUACAUUCCAGCUGAGCAGCUGUUGGCGGGGCUGCGCCGUCGCUUGUUGUGCGAUAAGGAGCACCAAUACACGCCGCAUCGCAAGGAUGGCGUCCCAAUAGUAGAAGUUUCUACGAUAGCCCGCAUAGAGGAAGCCUACUCGCCGUCGAGUGUGGUGGUCCUGCAGGCCGUCUCUAUGCCGCCAAAGGAACGCCACGCCGCACACCACAGGAGCCAGUGUCCACAGCAAUAGACCAGCCACGGCAGUCCAGAGGAAAGGGGCAUGCUCGGCCGAUCGGCAGAUGACGCGGGAGUCGAGGUCCAUUCGGGGCCGCAUGUCAUCCAUCGGAUCAGUGGGAAGCAGACCGACACUCUGUCCCGAGGCAACAGGAAUGACAUCGUCCACAUAGGGGUAAGGCCGGCAGCGCAGGAGGGCCAGCAUGUUCUUGGUCACUGUGGGAUGGAGAAAGGUGAGGAUGACGACCAUCAUCCCUCCCCGGUUGUCGAGCCACUGCCGCCAUCGGCCGCUCUUAGGCGGCUCCGCUGACGAACGCUGACAGGAGGGAGGCGUCACUGGCUCGGUUCGGGAGUCAUUCUGGAAUGUGACCGAUCGCUGGUGAGGGCCGUGUGCGGCAUCCGUGUCUGCUUUGCCAUUUGUCAU